AUGGAUCAUUAAUAUCAUUAAUUCUUACACCCAUGUCGGCCGUGCUCACCACCGCCACCAACUGGACAAACAUUCGGCUUCGAGCAAUUACUCCGGAGCGAGGGGAAAGGGAGUGGGGUAUGGAUACGAAGUCGACGACAGGCCGGGACGGGCAAAAGACAUAGGGUAUGAAGUACGGAUGAUACAAUAGCAUGUAGUAGUCAUGGUUGGGAGAACAAAGCGACGUGCGCAUGAAGACUCCGAGUCCCUCGAUGCCGGCGGGGGAAAAAAAAGUAGUAAAGAAAGAAGAAAGAAGAAAGGCAGAAGAAAGACAGGAGAGGCAGAGGGGUGUUUGUAUCUGCCUGUUCUGCCUGGUCGACUCUCCGGAACCACAUCGAAAAGGACAUGUUUGUCUAGAAACCAGAGACCCGGGAAAGCCGUCGUCAGCUCAAAUAAUGCCAGCAGCCUUGACGACUCGCUGUUGUUACCUCCUGUAUGUAAUACGGGAGAACUGUGCUGAGCAACUCCUGCAGUCAUCUGCUUCAGAGGCUCGAGCCACCUCUGUGCAACGUAAAUUGGGGUUCCAGACACAUGAUCGGGAGUUGCUGCGCGUAGUCCGGACAACGGUGCUGUUCAAUCGGCUGCUGACCAUCCAUUGGUGCUGCUUGUGCUGGACCUUGCCGCCGAACGCGUCGCUCCGACACGCGCUCUUUCAAUCAGCUGAUCCAGCUCUCCUCAUUCUCAUCAAUCGCGUCCGUAUUCCUAUGACCAGGGCCAUUGUCUCUUGGGCCAUACAUACCCACGUCCGGCGGACUCGGAAUCACACCCGCGGCUUCAUUUCAUUGCCCCCCUGCGAAUAAACGAGGAACGGGGUACCCCUGGUGUGCGCCUGCCGUGUCAGUGCCGGCAUGCCUAAUGCAUACCAUCUCGCCUUGCAUAACCUUUAUAGGUAGGUAGGUUACUUGCUUCUGCUCUGCUCGAGAGGUUCGUGCGAUGCCGUUGAAUCUCUGUUCGCCCGCUUCUUGUCAUCUU